AUGGCGUGGGCUCUGAAGCUGCCGCUGGCGGAUGAGGUGAUCGAAUCGGGGCUGGUGCAAGAUUUCGAUGCCAGCCUCUCGGGCAUUGGCCAGGAACUGGGCGCUGGCGCCUACAGCAUGAGUGAUGUUCUAGCCCUGCCCAUAUUCAAACAGGAAGAAUCAAGUUUGCCUCCCGACAACGAAAACAAGAUCCUGCCUUUUCAAUACGUUCUGUGUGCAGCCACAUCCCCUGCAGUGAAACUCCAUGACGAAACACUCACCUAUCUCAAUCAAGGUCAGUCGUAUGAGAUCCGGAUGCUGGAUAACAGGAAAAUCGGGGAGCUGCCUGAGAUAAAUGGGAAACUGGUAAAAAGUAUAUUUCGAGUGGUGUUUCAUGACCGGCGGCUGCAAUAUACAGAGCAUCAGCAGCUUGAGGGCUGGAGGUGGAACAGGCCUGGGGACAGGAUAUUGGAUAUAGAUAUCCCGAUGUCUGUGGGUAUAAUUGACCCCAGGGCAAAUCCAACACAACUAAAUACAGUGGAGUUUCUCUGGGAUCCUUCAAAGAGGACUUCAGUGUUCAUCCAGGUGCACUGUAUCAGCACGGAGUUCACCAUGAGGAAACAUGGCGGCGAAAAGGGAGUGCCCUUCCGAGUCCAGAUCGACACCUUUAAAGAGAACGAGAAUGGGGAGUACACUGAGCACUUGCAUUCUGCCAGCUGCCAGAUUAAAGUCUUCAAGCCCAAAGGAGCAGAUCGAAAACAGAAGACGGACAGAGAGAAAAUGGAGAAGCGAACUCCUCAUGAGAAGGAGAAAUACCAGCCUUCCUAUGAGACCACAAUACUCACGGAGUGUUCUCCGUGGCCAGAGAUCACUUACGUCAACAAUGCACCAUCUCCUGGCUUUAACAGCUCCCACAGCAGCUUUUCCAUUGGUGAGGGAAAUGGCUCUCCAAACCACCAGCCCGAGCCACCUCCUCCGAUCACAGAUGUAAGUCCCACCUCAAAUCUUAUGCUUGUGAACCUCCUGCCCACGACGACGCCUCAGGAAGCCCAGCAAUGGCUGCAUCGAAACCGCUUCUCCACGUUCUCCCGGCUCUUCACGAACUUCUCAGGUGCAGACUUACUGAAGCUAACCAGGGAAGAUGUUAUCCAGAUCUGUGGCCCUGCAGAUGGCAUCAGGCUCUUCAAUGCGUUAAAGGGACGGAUGGUACGGCCAAGGCUGACCAUCUACGUGUGCCAGGAGCCUCAGCCGCUGAGGGACCAGCAGAAGCAUGAGGAUGGGGAGCCGGCAAACAGUACUUUCUUUGUAUAUCACGCUAUCUAUCUGGAAGAGCUGACAGCAGUGGAACUGACAGAAAAAAUAGCCCAGCUCUUCAGUAUCUCCUCUCGACAGAUCAGCCAUAUCUACAAACAAGGCCCUACAGGGAUACACGUACUGAUCAGCGAUGAGAUGAUACAGAACUUCCAAGACGAAUCGUGUUUUGUUCUGGACACAAUGAAAGCUGAAACCAAUGAUAGCUACCACAUCAUCUUAAAAUAAGAGGGAACUGGACUAGGAGAGAGCCCGUAGCCACCUCUCAUCACACACAAAGACCCAUCGCCUAUUGCACAAGGA